UUGAUACACAGACGUACGAGAUAUUUGAUAAAACCGAGAUCCGUGUUUAUUAAUAAUUGUGCGUGGAUUUCUUUUGGAAUAUGUAAGAUGAUUUUAUCGUCUAAUAAAAUCAAUACCUAACAUUGUAUUAAUGCCACAGGUAUUCCCAAUAAACCUGUUUGUAAGUUUAAAAAUAAAUGCGCGUGUCGAAAGUUUCGCUACAUCGCCAGUCGCGUAUAACAUUUAACCAUCUUCGAACGCUUACCAAGUUUAAUUUUUAUUUCGAUGUGUUAAAUAAUUUACGUUUGAGUUGUGUUUUCAAAGAACUGAAUAUUUCUAGUCCAAACGAAUCCGUGUCAAUCCUACAAUGAAUUAGCAAUAACUGCAUUUACGUGGACUAAAUACGUGUUAAAGGAAAUCAAUGAAAUGAAUUAUUAAAUUGUAUUAUGAGUGGUCAUUCUUCGUAAGUACCUGUCGCCGUUGAGUAAAGUGCAAAAUUUAAAAUGUAUAAAGUGAUAAUAACAUUUGCAAUCCUUGGAUGUGUGUGUGGAAAAGUGUGUAAUUUGAAUGAUACUGUAGAUAUUACAGGCGGUCGUUCUACGGCAAACAUAAUAGCAUACGGUGGCAUAAUCUUUAAAGAAUAUUUUAAUGAAGACGAAAAAGUGAAAGCUUGUCUCAUACCAAAAGGCUUGACGGUAGCAAAGUGUUGUCCAGCGGGCGCAGCUUACGAUAGCGAGAACUCAGCUUGUAAGAAUAUCACAAGUGAGAAUAAAAAGAAAAGCCCCCUCGUGUAUGUGGAGAAGUUAUUCAAUUUUAAAUUUGGAAAGCCAGACUGUAAUGCUGAUGAUGGAAAAGUUCGGGUCACCGCUGGUCACGUUUACGAUGUUUUUAAUAUGGGAGAGGAUGGCAAGCUGUAUGUGGAAAUCCCGACCAGUGUGAAACCAUGGACUGUCUUUACACCAGACAUGUACUGUAUCGACAGUUUCGUGAGUGAGGAAGAUGGGAAACAAAUUAGUAGAUUAGACGCAUUAGUUUGCUUUGAUCCGCAGCCAGAUGAAGAGAAUUACAUUCCAGGAAUUAUAUGUAUGUUAAUAUCUUGCGUGUUCAUCAUCGUCACUGUAGCGGUAUACUACUGCCUUCCAGAACUAUGCAACCUUCACGGAAAGGUUCUUAUAGCCUAUCUCCUCAGUCUUUUCGUUGGCUUCAUCUUCCUCUCGACCAUGCAGAUUCUUCUCAGCAUAGAUAACAUUUCGCGGGAAUACUGUAUGACGUUUACCUUUAUAAUCUACUACUUCAUCCUGGCAGCAUUUUUCUGGUUAAAUGUCAUGUCGUUUGACAUCUGGUGGACGUUCAGCGGCAACCGUGGAAUUUCUAUUGAAAGAAUGUCAGUGAAAUCCAGAUUCCGAGCAUACACGAUCUACGCAUUUGGAGUACCUGCGAUGUUUACGGGAUUGGUUGCCGGUUUGGAGUUCUCACAUCUGCCACUGAACUGGUAUCUGCCCUUGUUAAGACAGCAAGGAUGUUUCAUAAGUGGAAAGAGCAAACUCAUAUAUUUGUACGGGCCGAUGGUAAUCCUUUGUGUUGCGAACUUGGUAUUUUUUAUCUUGACUGCUUUGAAAAUUCGAGAAAUAAAGGAACAGACUGCUGUACUGAAGUCCAGGGAGAGUGCUACACACGACAAACACAAUAAAGACAAACAAAGAUUGCUGCUGUAUGUUAAGCUCUUCAUAGUAAUGGGCAUUAACUGGGUGCUAGAAGUGAUCAGCGCUUUGUAUCCAAAGGCUAACAGCAUAUGGAAGUUCACAGACGCCUACAAUGUUCUGGUGGGUCUAAUCAUCUUCAUUCUCUUCGUGUGCAAGAAGAAAAUCUUCCGGCUACUAAAGAACAGGAUCAAAGAGAAAGUUCACAGAAGAGACACAGAAUUAAGAAGUACAGUCCGGACUGUUGGAAGUCGAAGCAACAUCAACAUGGAUCAGAAAAGAAUAAGUUUGGAAUCUAUAAGAACCUCUAAUGGAGUUGUACAAACUACUGUUAUAUAAAGACUGAUAGACGUAAAAAUAAUUUAAGGACACAAAUAAAACGCAGACAAAAAAUAAUGAUUUAUAUCAUCAAGGUACAGGCAAGUACGCGGCAGAUCCAUGAACAGAAGUCAAACCACGACCUCCCGGACUGUGUCUACAAAAGAAGAUAUGGCAUUAGCAGCACUGACAAAACACUAAUUUUUUAACACAAAGAGUAU